AUGUCGCAGACACCGGAUGUCAGCGACCAGAUCGCACAGCUCAAUGCUGCUCGAAGCCUCGUUCUCGGGGAUGCUGCAUUCUACCAGCAAAUUGUGAAUGGCAUCCUUCCCAUUGUCGGGGCUAGUACACGGCUGCAGUUGCGAAGAUGGGGUGCCAAUUUCCUAGCAGAGACCUUUGCCAGUCCUGUAUUAGCAGCAGAUCAGAAGGAGCAGCUAGCCCCGAAUGUGUUGCAAACCAUUCGUGAGAUCUUUGAGCUGCCCGAGACUGACACAGCAGUGUUGCAAAGUUUAGUACAGGCGUCAGCAAGCUUGUACCCCAUCGUUUUCAGGCACAUUGUGAAUCACCCACAGGACAGCAAGUCAUGGGAAAACAUGUGUGAGAUCAAGCAGGUCAUUCUGAAAAAGAUGGAUAGUUUCCCCUGUUCAGUCAAACUGUGCUGUGCCAAAUUCCUACAGCGUGUUGUCCAAGUUCAAACACAUAGUUCUGGUGGUGACCCCAGGCGCCCUGAGCUCAACGAGACCUCUUUAGCCGUGGUCCCUCGAAAUCACGCUCUCCUUUCUAUCCCAAACUUGGAGGCAGAGUCAUCAGGCUUGCUUGACCGAUUGCUCGGUGUUUUCCAAGAAGAGACUAGUGAUGCUAUCUUGGUGAAUGCAACAAUAAACUUGCUUCCUCCGCUUAUUCGGACACGUCCGACUAUAGCACAUAAGAUUGUGAACGCUAUCUUGGACUUCAUCCCUGCACACCACGUCCGCCCUCCUUUCACACCCACUGUUCGUGUCAGUGUGAAGUCUAUGGAGCGGACAGCCCGAGCAUUGUUGUGGAAUAUAUUGAAGAAAAAUCAAAACCACCCUCUUGCUCCAAGAAUGCAGGCCUACAUCGAGCGUUUGAGUCAGUCUCGCCUGGAGGCCACCGAAGAUCCUUCUCGAAAACGUGGUCUGCCAAACGAGCCUACCGACGGACUCGACGUUGCCAAGCGAGCACGCCUCAAUGCAAUGCCGCCUCCAAUCAUGAAGAUCCCGCCAAUGGCCCCGGGGCCUGCCACCUUUGACAAUUUAUUUACUUUGACCGAGGAUGCUGGACUGUCAUCGUUCGAUGUAAAGCAGCUUCCAUUCGACAUAGUCCUUAAGAUUGUCGUGCCUCUUCUUGCACAAGUGCAUGACUCAACUAUGACCCAAGCCGUUGAGGCGGUCCGGACUCGCUACCAGACAAUUACCCGGGAGCAGAACCUGCAACGACAGCAACAGCAGCAAGCAGCAACCCAAGAUGACGACGAUGACUAUGAGCCCGAAUACCAGCCAAUGGACGCAGCUUCUGUUGUAUCAGAAGAGAACGGUGCAGUUGCGGAAGAGCUGGCCGACCAGCCCGAUCUGGUUUCUCUGGGGCCAUUCGUCCUGCCUAAGCCACCCCCCUUGAGUGAAGAGGAAGCGGGUGAACUUGGACGAGGCGCCGCUGCCCGCGUUUUCGGUAUGCUUAGCGCAGCUGAAACGUCCUCGGGACCUGCCAAGGGCCAGCCGCAACAAAAGCUCGGCUUCAACCGACUUGCAGCUAGUACCCUUGACCGGGAUGCGUGGUCAAUCAUCCUUGCCCGACUAGCUACUCGAGCACCCGCAGGCCUCGAACAGCCAGCUAAGGGAGAUUCUACUACCCGACGCCAAACCACCAUUGCCGACUCUAUUCGCGAGACGUUCUAUCAAUACAUCCUUGAGGAUUUCCGUGGUCGGUUGAACAUUGCAAUUAUCUGGCUCAAUGAAGAAUGGUACAACGACCGGAUUCAAAUGAAGAGUGCGGCUGCCCGACGCGCCAACUCAGACGAAGAGUCAGAACCCACCGUUGCUAUGCAUUACGAUACUUGGGUAACUCGUCUCCUUGAUGGCUUCCUGGCAUACUUGGACGCACGGGAUAUCAAAGUUCUCGUCCGUUUCCUUAGCGAAAUUCCCGAAAUCACUAUUCCCAUUACUCAGCGGGUAGCCAGCUUGGCCAAAGACCCAGAGCGCGUGAACCUAUGCGUUCAAUCAUUGAUGUACCUGAUCAUGUUCCGAAUCCCAGCUCGGGAGAUGUGUCUGAACACGAUCGAGGACGUGUACCAGAAAUACGAAGAGUCCCGCCCUGCGGCCACUAAAGUUCUCACUAAGUGGCGUCCCGAUAGUCAGGUGUUGGAGAAGACUGCCCCAGAGACGGAGACGCCUGCAGCUCCUGCAGCUCCUGCACAGCCUGCACAGCCCGAGGCACAGCCCGAGGCGCCGCCCGCCGUUACAGAAUAA